GGCGCCUGCCCAAAGUCCCAUUUCCGCUUGGGUCACGUGCCUCCGCCGGCGCCUGCGGUGCCCCCGCUUUCCCGUCCGGCGCAGCCCCCAGCCCCGGCACCUGCUGGCCGCCCGCUCCAGAGGCUGAGAGCACUUCCGAGGGCCUGAGCCCACCGACCAUGCCCGCGGGCGUGUCCUGGGCCACCUACCUGAAAAUGUUCUCUGCCAGCCUCCUGGCCAUGUGUGCCGGGGCCCAAGUGGUGCAUAGGUACUACCGGCCGGACCUGACAAUACCUGAAAUUCCACCAAAGCCUGGAGAACUCAAAACGGAGCUUUUGGGAUUGAAAGAGAGACAACAUGAGCCUCAAAUUUCUCAGCAGUAGAAGCCUGAAAAUACAGCUCUGCCACAAACUCUGUAUAUAUAAUAAUAAUAAUAUAAGCAUUAAAUAUGUAUUUUAAAAAUUUA